AGGAAGAGGAGUGCUGACAAUGAAGACGCUGCUGCUGGUUCUGGUUCUGUGUGUUCACGUCUCCUGGGCCCAGGAGGUCCUGGAGUACGACGACUACGACUUGGACACCAAGUCUUCAUCAAACAGAACGGCGGCGGCGGGAACCGACGUGGACGUUCGGGGUCAUCGCCCGAUAAGCCAAGGCCGAGAAACAUACACCCCCAACCGAAACCCGCCCCCCCCUGUCAGCGGGGGCAGCAGGUACCGCGGCCGCCCCACCCCGGCCCCGGUCGGAGGCCACCUGGCACAGGAGAAGGUGGAGCAGCCCGACACCGGAGGAUGCACUCACGCUUCAGAAGCCAUGGGAGUUCUGUGUCCCACCGGCUGCGAACUGAAGAGCAUGCUGCUGAAACAAGAGAGGAAUGUCAAGACGGCCGUUCAUCAACUGAAGCCUGAAAUCGAAGAGCUGUCCAGCUCGUCCAACAAUGUUUUCAACUAUGUCCACGGCAUGUCCAACUCUCUGAGGGAGAGGCAGCGAGUCUUCACUGACAACAACCGGGUCAUGGGUCAGUACACGGAUCAGGUGGAGGAGCAACACGCCUACAUAAAGGAGACGGUGGACACCGUGUUCCCAUCAAACAUCAGAGUUCUGCAGGGGGUUCUAGACAAGAUCAAGCUGAAAAUCCAGAAACUGGAGAAGGCAAUUCAAGCCCAGAAGGCCCAAUGCAAGGACCCGUGUAUAACCAAGUGUCCAAUCCCAGUGGUGUCUGGCAAAGAGUGUGAGGACAUCUACCGGCGGGGAGGACGGGACUCCCAGAUGUACCUCAUCCAAUCUGACUCCUUCAGCCGUCCGUACAAAGCCUUCUGCGAUCAGACCACUCAGAAUGGCGGUUGGCUUCUCAUCCAGAACAGACUUGAUGGCAGCGUAGACUUCGGCCGGCGUUGGGACGAGUAUCGCCGUGGCUUUGGCAACAUCGCUUUCAGUUCUGAAAAGGGUUUCUGUGAGAUUCCAGGUGAGUACUGGCUGGGAAAUCAACGCAUCAGUCAGCUAACUAAGAUGGGCCCCACCGAGGUUCUUAUUGAGAUGCAGGACUGGACAGGGGCCAAGGUACAUGCCCAAUACCGCCAGUUCACCAUCCAGUCAGAGACGACUAAUUAUGUGAUGGCCGUUGACGGUUACUCUGGCAACGCUGGCAACUGUUUCCUGGAAGGAGCUCUGGAGCUUUUUGGUGUAAACCGUACCAUGACCAUACACAACGGCAUGAUGUUUAGCACGUAUGACAGAGACAACGACAACUGGAACCCUGGUGACCCCUCUAAACAGUGCUCCAGGGAGGACGGCGGUGGCUGGUGGUACAAUCGCUGCCACUCAGCCAAUCCAAAUGGGCGGUACUAUAUGGGCGGCAGCUACACGCCACAGAUGGCGAAGCAUGGCACGGAUGAUGGCGUGGUGUGGAUGAACUGGAAGGGGAGCUGGUACUCACUCAAGGCCAUCAGCAUGAAAAUCAGGCCUUACAUCGCCUCCAGAUAAUUGUGUUGAAGGGUCGACAUGCACAACGCAAACAGGAAACUGUCAAAAUAAAAAACAAACCAAAUAAAAUGUCAUCAAAUCCUGUUUGUCGAUGGACACAAGCAUGUUUAGACGUAAUUAACACCGUUUGAACAAAAAAGGUAAUAAAAAGUUUAAUUCAGUUUCAUACUUAAUAAAAUACCAUGAAAAGUUGAGCUGUGAAUAAUUCUGUUGUGAUUCAUCUUGUGGGCGACCUCAGCGCAUCAUCAGGAACAGUUAAUGAAAUUGUUCUCAGAUACUCAAUAAAAACAUUGAGGAACUUUA